CGCAAAUUGUCGUUUAUGUAGUGAUUCCGGCCAAAGCUGCGCGCCGCUUGCGCAGCCCGAUGGAGAGCGGAGGCGGUUCAGCUCGCUCUCAGACCGCGCAGAGUUACGCAGCUCGCGCUCAAACAUCAGGAAACAGAAACAAUGCGCGCAGAGACGAGCUGUUUUUCACACACUGCCGUGUGCUGAAGACGUGUCGCUAUCUCUCUCUCUCUCACACACACACACACAUGAUUUGAGCUGAACUUUAGCCUCAGGUUCAUCGAGGCAUGUGAAGAAGUCGCUGGAGAGAGACGAUGAAGUGUACUUCACUGUGGAUUAAAUGUCUCGGAUGAACACACUGGAUGUCCGUGUGGAGCAGCGUGUUCCUCGCGCUCCUGCAGCAUGAGCGGCUCCGGGAAACGCUGGCUCUGGCCCUCGCUGGGCAGCUUCCGGCCGCGGUCGGAGCGAGUGCUGCUGGCCCGCAGCGAGAGCGCUCCUGGAGAGCCGGUGCUCAAGAUCACCAUCACUGAGACCACUGUGAUCGAGGCGGACGCCGGCGUCUGGAGCUCCAGGGCUCUGACCCACCUGGCGCUCUGGUACUUCUUCAGCUUCUGCACGCUCUUCCUCAACAAGUACAUUCUGUCUCUGCUGGAGGGAGAGCCGAGCAUGCUGGGUGCUGUCCAGAUGCUCUCCACGACUGUCAUCGGCUGUGUGAAGAUGUGUGUUCCUUGCCCCCUGUACAGUCACAAAUCCCGCGCAGAAUACCCCCCCAACUUCCUCAUGAUCAUGCUGUUUGUGGGACUGAUGAGGUUCACCACGGUGGUGCUGGGACUGGUUAGUCUGAAGAACGUGGCCGUGUCGUUCGCUGAGACGGUCAAGAGCUCGGCGCCCAUCUUCACCGUCAUCAUGUCCCGCCUCAUACUGGGAGAAUACACAGGUUUCUGGGUCAAUCUGUCUCUGGUUCCUGUGAUGGCGGGUCUGGCUCUCUGCACUGCCACUGAGAUCAGCUUCAACAUGCUGGGCUUCUCCGCCGCUCUCUCCACCAACAUCAUGGACUGCUUGCAGAAUGUGUUUUCCAAGAAGCUGCUGAGUGGAGACAAGUAUAAGUUCAGUCCUGCAGAGCUUCAGUUUUACACCAGCGCUGCUGCGGUCAUCAUGCUCGUCCCUGCCUGGAUCUUCCUGAUGGACCUGCCGCUGAUGGGGAAGAGCGAGCGCUCCUUCAGACUUUCUCAAGACAUCGUGCUGCUGCUGCUGUUCGACGGCGUGCUCUUCCACCUGCAGAGCGUCACGGCCUACGCUCUCAUGGGCCGCAUCUCCCCCGUCACCUUCAGUGUGGCGAGCACGGUGAAGCACGCUCUGUCCAUCUGGCUGAGCAUCAUCGUGUUCAGUAACCCCAUCACGCUGGUGUCCGCCGUCGGGACCGUCAUGGUGUUCCUGGGAGUCCUGCUCUACAACAAAGCCAAGCAGAUGCAGAGAGACUCUCUGGUCCAGCACGCUCUCGAGCAGUCAGCCGAGUCCCAGCAGAAACCCAUCAUCCAAGACGGAGACGUCACCUCCGCCAAAUAACAACGAGCCGGACUCAGUCCUGCACUGAUGCUGUCGUCAGACUUUCACAAUAAAAGCCUUCUGCUGAGAGCUCGGUGGAUCGACAGCGAAUCAUGCCUUACGUAACUGUGGUUUUUGGGACCCUAUAAUUCUGCUUAGUGAAAACUGCAAUAUUCUGUGGACUACAUGUAGACAUCAGAAAUCCUGUUUGAGAGAGCGAGUGACUCUCAGCAGCGAACAUCCAGCUCAUACUUUACCCAAAAUAAUACCAUUAUAGUUUGCAUUAAGAGAUUGUUUUAAGAACCAUUAUUUUUGCAUUAUUGAUUCUGUGAGAAUAAUGUCAUUGUUAAUGUCAAUGUUAAAAACAUCCUAAAUUAGACUUCGUGCAACAUAAAAAAUUAUGGCAUUUUAUAAGUAUAUUUUGCAAGAGCGCCAGUCCUGAUCUAGUUUCUGUGUGUUUUCUGACUCGGUUCAUUCCACACGCAGUGACUGCAGCCUGUGAUGAUGAUUUACUGUAAAACUGACAGGUUUGUUUCUCUUCUUUCACUGUUGCUCAUCGUCUCACUUAUGUUGGAUCUGGAAUUUCCGAUUAUGUCCAGAUUAUCAAAUGACUUGAAGUUUCGCUGUGUUUUUAUUUUCUCUUUACUCAAUAUCUUCACAUGUUUUUCCAUUUGUUUUCUUUAUAGUCUGUUUGGAUUCUCUGAGCGUUGUUUAAAUGAUGUGACAGACACAGAUUUGAUGAAUCUGCUGACAGAACAUUUUUGCAAUUUAAAAAAAAAAAAAAAAAAAUUAUUAUCAGCUGUGGUGGGUUGUGUAUGUGAUAUAUAAAACGAUGUAUGUUUGUACAAUAACCACUAAUGGGAAUUGUCUGUAUAAUUGGGUCUUUAUUUGUGCAUUAGUAACAUUUUGAUUUGUAUGACUUUUGCAUUUCUUUAUUAAAUGUAUACAGUGCAAGA